AUGGAUGUUGCAAUGCAAAAUACGCAAAAAGCUCAACAUAUUAUGUUUUCAUAUGAAUGGAAGAGUGAAAGUUUAGUAUCAAAAAUAUUUUUUUAUUUAACAAAAGUUCAAUCAAUACCUGUUUGGAUGGAUAGAUAUGGAGGAAUAAAUCAAUGUCUUACUACAAGUAUGGCUGAAGGUGUUGAAAAUUGUUGUGUAUUUGUUUGUUUUUUAACACCAGAAUAUCAAGAAUCAUUAAAUUGUAAAAAAGAAUUAACUUAUGCUGUUCAAAAGGGUAAAUCAAUAAUUCCAUGUCUUGUUGGAAAUGAAAAUAAAAAUGAAAAAUGGAAACCAUCACAAUGGUUGGGUCUUACCAUAAGUGAUAUGGUUUAUUUAAAUUUUCGUAAUAUAAAUGAAAUUAAUUUUGAAAAUAAAUGUCAAGAAUUAAUUGAUAAAAUAAAUUCUAUUAUUGGAAUAAAACGAUCAGAAUCUCCUGAUCAAACAAUAAUAAUUGAAGAUGAAAGUGAUGAAGAAGAUUUACAAAUAAGUUCUUCAUUUAUUCCUCCAGAAAUAAUUCGUGAAGGUCCUCAAAUAAAUGAUGAAAUAUUAGAAAUAAUUCCAAAAAUCUAUUCAAGUGAAGGUGAUUCAUCUAUUCGUUUAAUUAAUCAAUCAAAAGAAAUUGAAUGUAAUCAAGAUUUAUAUGCUAGAAAUGGAAAAUUUUUUAAUUCAUUUACAUUUCCUCGUUUUAUUUUUCAUAAUACGAGUUCUGAAUAUGUUGGUAUUCUUCAAUUAUCAGCUCAAUAUGAAAAUAAUUGUGAGAAUUCAAAUAAAUGGAUACCUUGCCAAUUAAUUUUAAAUCAAGAUCAACAAAUAAUUAAUAUUGAACCAAAUAAACUUCUUUUAUGUUCAAUAACAAUUAAAAUUGAAUUAAAUGGUUCACCAGGAGUUGAUAAUCAACAUCGUUUUCGAGCGCAUCAUCUUUUACCUCAACCACUUAAACUUAAAAUUAAUAUUGAAGAUACACAAAUGAAACAUGCUAGUCUUAUUAUUGAACAGGUAAAUCGACCAUUGAAUUUACCAACAUUAGAAAAAUUAAUCGAUCAAUUAAAUAUAUGUCAAUCAAAUAUUCUUGGUUUUGUUUCAGCUGAUGAUUGUUUAAUUGAGAUUCGAUAUUUUGCUUUAGUUUAUUAUUCAAAUGAUGAAAAUUCUUUUAUUAAAUUUUCAUUUGGUUGUGAUCUUUCUAGUCGACGCUCACCAUCAUGGGAUAAACAAUAUGUUAAAAAUUUACAAAAAAAAGCAAAACAAGAAAAAAAAUUUGAAUUAAUUGUUCAUGAAAAUAUAUUUGAUCCAUUUAUUCAUUGCCUAGCUUUAUUUGAUCAUUGUUUUAGACUUCAAGCUAUUUAUAUUAAAAUUAAAACAAAUACAUCAAUCACUAUACAAACAAUAUCAUUACCUAUUCAACAAAUUUUUUAA